UCUUGCAGGAGGUUUUUUCCUCUCACAAAUUCAAGUCGGCAUUUAAACUUAAGCCCCACCUCCCUCGGCGAAGACUCUGAAGUCAUGUCUACAGGACCCUUUCCACCGGCAAAUGAAGAGGGAAGUUUUGUUUCAGCACAGUUUAGGUCCAAACAAGGAAGAUUGUUACAGCUACUUUUGGAGAGAAACACUUCUUUUACCAUCCGUUCAGAUUUCCCUGAAUCUCCGGGAGACAGACUCCAUAACUCGGCCAACCUAAGCAUUCUGUCAGGAGGAACCCCAAAAUGUUGUCUUGACCUUUCUAAUCUUAGCAAUGGAGAGAUGUCUGCUUCUCAGCUUACUACUUCUGCUGACCUUGAGGAAAACGACUCCUUGGAUUUGUCAGGACCGCAGGAUGUGCAGUUAACUGGCAAGGAUUUUCACCAGGACCUUACGAAAGGCAUCUCAGUGCAGCUCCUUUGUAGUACGCCACAUGCUUUGGAUCCUGGCCACAGAAGGAAGGGCGCAAAGCGUAGCACAUCUGCACAUAAAGAAAACAUAAACACCAGUUUAAAGACAUUGGAAUGGGAGGCGCCUAGGACCCCAAGGUUUCGAAAAAUGCCUGGAGAUCUUCUGGCUUCCCCUUGCUGUGAGCCGGAAAUGAAGUAUCUGGGCAGUCCAAUUACUACAGUUCCUAAACUGAGUCAAAAUCUAAAGCUAGAAGGCCAAGAAGGGAUUUCAGAAGAUCCAAUGGAGUGUUCCCUGGAAAAACAAGAUACCAAGGACUUAAGUCUAAAGAAGAUGGUCCCUCUCUGUGACAUGAACACCAUUCAGAUGGAGGAGGAAGAGUCUGACUCAGAGCUUCUGAUUGGUGAUUUCUCAAAGGUGUGUGUGCUGCCAACGGUGCCAGGGAAACACCCGGAUCUGAAGUAUAUCAGCUCAGACACAGUGGCUGCUUUGCUGUCUGGAAAGUUUCAGAGCGUGAUCGAGAGGUUUUAUAUCAUUGAUUGCCGCUAUCCGUAUGAGUACCUGGGAGGACACAUCCUGGGAGCCUUAAACCUCCACAGUCAGAAGGAACUACAUGAGUUCUUUCUGAGGAAGCCUGUUGUUCCUCUGGACAUCCAGAAAAGAGUCAUCAUUGUGUUCCUCUGUGAAUUCUCCUCAGAGAGAGGCCCCCGAAUGUGCCGUUCUCUGAGAGAAAAAGACAGGGCUCUGAACCAGUACCCAGCACUGUACUACCCUGAGCUGUAUAUCCUCAAAGGGGGCUACAGAGAUUUCUUCCCAGAAUAUAUGGAGCUAUGUGAACCACAGAGCUACUGUCCUAUGCUUCACCUGGACCACCAGGCUGAGCUGCUGAGCUGGCGGAGCCAGAGCAGAGCCCAGGAAGGGGAGCGGCAGCUGCAGGAACAGAUCGCCCUCCUGGUGAAGGAUGUGAGCCCACAGCAGCGACUAUGACGUGGCAGUGAAGACACUACAGACACUGAACAGAAGGAGUCAUUUUCCAUGCUGCUAAUCCCAUGAUUGUGUCUGCAAGCACAGGCAUAGCCAGGCAUGCUGCAAACGCCUUUAGUCCUAGCACUAAGGAGGCAGAGGCAGGAGGAUCUUUGACUUUGAGGCCAGUCUGGUCUACAUGUGACCCUGUCUCAAAAACAAAACAAACCCCAUUAAACAAAACCCUCUAGAUGUCUGUAAGCCAACAACCUGUCGUGCUGACAAGCUCCCCUGAGGAUGGGCUUGGUUUCUGUGGAGCUGUUGGCUGAGUUCUAGAUGAUGAGCAGAGAAGUUUGCAUUGCUUUUGAGAGUUCAUAGACUCCUCUUCCCGGCCUGCCAUAUCUUGCCACAAGCAGCUCCUCUGCACAGGCUUCUGGCUUAUUGAGGGCAUAGCUUACAUUCUUUGUAUUUUCUUCCCUUUCUCAGCCUCUUUCCUCAAAUGGGAAAGUAAAAUCAAAGUGACUGGGAGCCCCGUCUCUUCCUGGAAGAUCUGCAUAGGGAGAAUAGUCCUGAGGGGAGACUCCAUGAAGGGCUAGCCUGUCACAAGAGCGCUGAGUCAGCUUGCACACCACAAACAGUUAAGAAAUAGAGUCAGGCCGUGCAGUGGUGGUGCACGCCUUUAAUCCCAGCACUUGGGAGGCAGAGGCAGGUAGAUUUCAGAGUUCAAGGCCAGCCUGGUCUAUAGAGUGAGUUCCAGGAUAGCCAGGGUUACACAAAGAAACCCUGUCUCAAAAAACACACACACAAAAAAGAAAGAAAAAGAA